AUGGGGGACCGGCUGUACAUCGGGCUGGCCGGGCUGGCCACUGAUGUCCAGACAGUAGCGCAGAGGCUGAAGUUCAGACUGAACCUGUACGAGCUGAAGGAGGGCCGGCAGAUCAAACCCAAAACCUUCAUGAGCAUGGUGUCCAACCUGCUGUAUGAGCGCAGGUUCGGGCCCUACUACAUCGAGCCGGUGAUCGCGGGGCUGGACCCCAAAAACCUGGAGCCCUUCAUCUGCUCCCUGGACCUGAUCGGCUGCCCCAUGGUGACGGAGGACUUCGUGGUCAGCGGGACCUGCUCGGAGCAGAUGUACGGCAUGUGCGAGUCCCUGUGGGAGCCGGACAUGACGCUUAGGGAAGAGCACAGAUGA